GGCUCCUCCGACAGGGGAUGUGGUAGCAGCGGCAGGGGCAGAGGCGGCUGUAGCGCAGGCACGAGGUCAGGAUGGGGAUCCAGGCACCGGCGGUCUUGACUGCGCUGCGGAAAAGCGGCAAGUACGGGAGCUGCAGCCGCCUGCGUCGCAACCACAGCCUUUGCAGCAAGCGGUGCAAAACACACGGGUGCAGCAGCAGGAGUGCAUGCUAAGUCGCGACCACCAUCCGCAAGGAGAGGAGGACCAGCAUCAGCAUCAGCAGCGGCGGCACCCAGCUGGUAGCAGUACUACUCUCAUCGACAGCCGGCCCGCCAGUGACAAUAAGGCAGGCAGCAGCGGCAGCAGCGGCAGCAGCAGUAGCUUCAGUAGCAAUGGCACCGACACGGCACAUGUCGAUUCCGCAGCAGCAGUACCGCUAGAUGCGUCGGAGGAGCUGUCUCGCUUCUUCGGGGCGCUGCGUCAGGUGGCUGGCGGGCUGGGGAGGCGCUGGUGGCGCUCCGAAACAACACCGCCAUGUUUCGCCAUCCCCCGUAUUUGAUCUUGCGCGGUCCCCCUUAGCCCUUACCUCCCCCCCCCCCAUGCUGCCCCACUUGCUCCUCGCUCCUCCGCCGCCUCGCAGCCCAUCACCCUCGCUGCCUUCCAGUCAACGCUCUUGACCCGAGCAGCUGACCGGCAGUCGGACUUGGAAGAUGCAGUGGGGCAGGCAGUGCGGCUGCAGCCCCUAUCCCUGCCGGGCCAAGCCAGCAAUGGAAGCGCCACCUCCUCCGCAGCAGCAACAGCAACAGCAGCGCUGCCUCCACCACUAGCGGCAAACGCAGCACCCACCGCAGGCACCGGUCUGUGCGGCGCCCCCAGCGGCUCAAGUGACUCCCUAACCGGACCUCUGGCGGCAGCAGCAGCAGCGGCGGCGGUAGCGCCCUGGCAUGUGGCCCCCGACGCAGAUGCCUGGCUGGUCCCCACCGGCCGGGUGGGGGAGGCGCAGCUGGCGGGGUUCGUGGCAGACCUGUCGUACGCCGUGGAUGCCGUACCCGGCCUCGAUUGGUAUGGCAUCGACGGAUCUUGGCGGGCCAUGACAGCCCUGUACGACCGCAACCUGCCGGCGGUGCCGCUGGGGGGCGGCGCGCUGCACCUGCUCUACCGCGUUGACGUGCUGGCGGCGGCAGGGGCGCCCGGCCCGCCCGCCACCUGGCCGCAGCUGCUGGCGACGGCUCGCAGCCUGCAUGGCAAGAACAUGACGGUGGAGGGAGCAGCGGCAGCAGAGGGUGGCGAUGAGGCAGGCUGGGGUGUGUGCCUGGACGUGCGGCCUGGUGCGAGCGGGGAGCUAGGGGCAGGGAGGGAGGGAGGGGUGAAGGCAUGUGAGGCAUGAGGAAGUGAUUUGGUUACCAUUCGAAUGGGAUGCUGGGGUUGCGGGAGGCGCUGGAGACGUGUGCGCUGGUGCGGGAGCUGCCGCCGCGGAGGGGAACCCUGGAGGCGCUGAUCAGGACGGUGAGGAGGGCGGCGGCGGGGGCAGGAGCAGCGGUGAUGGUGCCGCCGUUGGCGGCGGGGUCAGCGGCGCCAGGGUAGCCCUGGGCGAGUGGCGGGGAGCAGGCGGGCGGCAGCAGUGCUGGUCGUCUUCAGCAGCAGCAGCAGCCAACAGCCAUGGCGGAGCAGCAGCAGCGGCGCGAACAGCCGCAACAGCCGCCGCUGCGUGUGUUGCAGCACCAGGAGCAGCAGCAGCCGCAGCAGCUGCAGCUGCAGCAUAUUGCAGCGACGGCGCAGCAGCAGGACGUGCAGCUGUUGGGGCCGCCGCGGCGGGUGAUACCGCGUGGAGCAGCGCAGCCGACUGCCGCCAGCAGCCCGCCCCAGCAACCCGCCAGCUCGGGUCGCGGUAGUGCCUCCGCGGGCGCUCCUUCCGCUCCCUCUGCCGGAGCUGGCCGACCAGCCCCGCCAGCAGCCCUGGAGAUCCGGCCGGAGGCAGCUUCCCCUCCGUGGUGGCUCAUGGUCGGUUACUUAAUUUCGGCUCCCUCCUCUGUCCCCCCUCGGACAGGUUUUUCCUUCAGUUCAUUCAUGGGCCCUGUGUCUCUCAGUAGUUGGUCUUCGGCUGUACGUGCUUGGUAUAGGUGGUUUGCGGCCUUUCUAUCGGACCUGGUGUGCCCCCUGGGGUAGGGCGGUCAACGCGCUUUUGGAAUGUACGUCUAACGAUUGGCCAGUGCGGUCUCCUCACUGGUUGGUCUUCCAGCGUAAUCCCCGCUUCCUAUACCUCGCGUUGAUGGCGUUUUGUCGUUAGUUGUCGCAUGUACUGUGCACGCACCUAAGGUCCCAGUCAUUUUGGUGAAUGUCGUGCUACCAAGGUCUAAAGGUCUGGACUAUUUGCUUGCUUGCCACUUGGUUUAUUAUUUAUAUGGCUACUUGUGCUGAGGCCCCCUUUCCGCUAUUGUGAUCUGGUUAGUGACAUCAACGGGUAACUGGGUGCCAGCCAUGCACGUUGCCAUGCAAUGACCAUGUCCUGUGAUGGGGCGUGAUUACAGAGGCGCAGGAAAUGUGCUCGCAGGUAGGGUCCAGGGUCUUGGGGCCAGACUGCGCAUGGAGGGCAAGUGGUAUUUAUUAGCUCAGCGAUCAUGUCCUGGAGGGAAAGGCGGCUGCCGCCGUACAUUACGCAUGGCUCAUGAAGUCAGUGGGCCUGGAAAGGGUCCAUGCAAAGUGCUAUAGCAUGCGCUGAGAUAUAGGGUCAGCCUGCCGUCAGUGUCCUCGCCUUUAUCUUUUCAUGGAUUGGGGCUUAUGCUGCCAAGUUCUGGACGAGUGCCUUCUCUCAUUGUGUUUCAUAGAGGAAAACGUCGAUGCUUGUUUAUGUCUCCGUUAGCCAUCAGGGUAGUGCCGUUGGCGGGUAGGCCCUGCCAUGCGUUAGUCCUUGCUCGACGUAUUCAUAGGCAUCGAGCAAACCAGCCUGUGCCCCGGUGCUCAUGCUAGAUGCAUGUUGGGAUAAACACGGUGCGUGUGGUUAACCACCUGCUUUUCACCCUGCAGCAUUGGAUUAGUAAGCAUUUAACCAGCAGGGCUAAUCCCUAGCUAGUUCCCUAGCUGUCAUAGGUUUUGCUAGGGCUUUUGGUUCCGUAGAUCUUAAGACUCCUGUGCCGUAUUUGAAGCCUUUGGCAAUUAGGGGCGAAUGCUCGAGGCCCUUUAGUGCAGAUAUGUUCAUGGCCGACCCGGCCUUCUCUGCUGUAGGUCCGGCGUUCAAGCAGGGGUGCCCAUUGCGUGCCACACGUUUUAGUAAUACUUUUAGUAAUCACAUUGAUGCGUACGGUAGGUAUCUCUGUGAUGGUGGUAGAGGUGAAUGGGAGCAUGAGAAGGAUGGAAGCCCCACCUUGGACGGUGAGAGCCACACCAACUUGCUACAUACCGUAAUGGUAGACGUUGCGACUUUGUUUGCUAUGUAUCCACGAGCUCUGGGUCCAGAUGCUGAUUGGCAUGAGCUGUAGUAACCCCACGGCCUGCUCUGGCUGGCUUUGCCAGUGCCGUUCUCGCUUUCCCCGCAGCGGGCAUGGACUGGUAAUGUGUUCCAGGCCUGGGUGUUUGGAUCUUGAAGUGAAUUACCAUGGAGUGCGCCCCACGUCUGAACGGGUUAUUUGCAGGCGUUGCAAUAAUAGUAUUUCUGAAAAUGUUGCUGUGGUGGAUAGGUUUUGUGUUUCUGUGGAAGGAAUGCCAGUGCUGAAAUAAGCUGCACAGCGAGUACACGAGAAGUCUGUUGUUCAAUUUCGGCAGUAGGUUCAUGAGGGACGACAUUAGGACAUAGACGUGAGGCUCUGCUGGCUAUCUAAUUACAUGAGCUGUGUAUGGGAAACCCGCUUGUGUAUCAGGAACCACUGUACGUUGUCGCAGAGCUGCAACCAAACGAUGGCCCAGGAGGGGUCCUCACCACAAGACCAAUUACUUUGUCGAUAGUAUCCUUGGCCUCCCUGGCUCGUAUGGAAGUACAGGUGUAUGGACUGUACUUGUAACCGUAUAGUAAUGCGAUGUGUGGCUGUGCCCCUACCUCCGGCUGCUGGAACAACCCACACGCUACUGCCCAU